UUUGGGCUGCCUGUGUUGAAGUUCGGACACGUUGGCAAACCAGACAGAGCAUGCGCAUGUCAGAAUCCAAGAUGGCGGCGAGCAUGAGAGGAAGACAAAUUGAAGCACUAAAGCGGAUGCUCAAUUUAAAUCAGCCCCUCAGCAAGUCAGUUGCUGUAGAGCCAUCCUGGAAGGUGUUGGUCUAUGAUCGAUAUGGUCAGGACAUUAUAUCACCAUUGCUGACUGUGAAAGAACUCCGUGAAUUGGGGGUAACAUUGCACCUGCUUCUUCACACAGAUAGAGACCCAAUCCCAGAAGUUCCAGCAGUGUACUUUGUGAUGCCAACAGAAGACAAUGUCAAAAGAAUAUGCCAGGACUGCAAGAAUCAGUUAUAUGAAUCAUACUACUUAAAUUUCAUCAGUGCRAUAUCACGACAUCGACUUGAAGACCUGGCAUCAGCUGCUGUCCAAACAAACUGUGUUCCRCAAAUAUCAAAGGUUUAUGAUCAAUAUCUCAAUUUUAUUUCACUGGAGGAUGAAAUGUUCACAACAAGAUUUCAAGAUAGGGAUUCUCUAUCAUAUUAUGCUAUCAAUAGACCAGAUGCCAAAGAUACAGACAUUGAAUUAUUGCGAGAUUCCCUGGUUGAUAGCUUGUUUUGYUUGCUUGCAUCUCUUGGUACUGUUCCAAUCAUACGCUGUCCAAAAGGCAAUGCUGCAGAAAUGGUAGCAGAAGCCCUUGACAAAAAGCUAAGGGAAAACCUAAGAGAUUCAAGGAAUAGUUUAUUUACCACUGACAUACCAUCAUCACAAAUAAGUUUUCAGAGACCUGUACUAAUUAUUGUUGAUCGUAAUAUGGAUCUGUGUACUCCUCUACAUCAUACCUGGACAUAUCAAGCUCUUGCUCAUGAUGUUUUGGAACUGCAUUUGAACAGAGUCACUGUAAAGGAAUCUGCUCCCCAAACUAAUGAGGAAARUCCUGAUCCWCAUCAUCGUCACCCAAACCAAACCAGAGUCAAGAAUUAUGAUCUCCAUUCAACGGACAGGUUCUGGAAUACRCACAAGGGCAGUCCUUUUCCUACAGUUGCUGAAUCUAUUCAAACAGAGUUAGAUGAAUAUAGAGCAUCAGAAGAAGAAGUUAAAAGAUUAAAACAUGUCAUGGGUAUGGAUGCAAAUAAUGAAGAAGCAAUGACAGACUUACUCAGUGACAGUACAGCUAGACUCACUACUGCAGUAAGCUCCUUACCAGAACUGCUUGAGAAGAAAAAGCUCAUUGACAUGCACACAAACAUUGCCACAGCACUUCUUUCUCAUAUUAAGGAAAGAAAGUUGGAUAUUUACUUUGAAACGGAAGAGAAAAUCAUGAGUAAAACCACUCUAGAUAAGUCAAUAUUAGAAAUCAUUCAAGAUCCAGAUGCUGGAACUGCAGAGGACAAGCUUAGACUGUUCAUUAUUUAUUAYGUGUCUGGACCAACUAUGUCUGCUGCAGAGUUUGACCAGUAUGCAUCAGCACUUGUUGCAAGUGGUGUGGAGUCUGCUGCUCUAAGUUACAUCAAGAGAUGGAAAGCUUUCACCAAGAUCACUACAGCACCAUUACAGUCUGGUGGUGGAGGCCAAAAUACUUACAGUGCCAUGUUYUCACGUAUCAUGAGUUCAGGUUCCCAGUUUGUCAUGGAGGGUGUCAAAAAUCUAGUUGUUGGCAACAAGAAUUUACCAAUCACACGAGUGGUAGAUGCAGUAAUGGAGAACAAGUCAAGUCCAGAUGUUGAUGAAUUUCGCUACUUUGAUCCCAAAAUGUUACGUGUCACAGACAGCCAAUCAAUUCCAAGGAACAAAACACCUUUUCAAGAGGCUAUAGUCUUUGUAGUUGGUGGUGGAAACUUUAUUGAAUAUCAAAAUUUAAUGGAUUACUCUAAGAGAAAUUCAGGGACGAAGAAGAUUCUAUAUGGAGCAAGUGAAGUUUUAAACGCAGCACAAUUCCUAAAACAGCUCGCACGACUUGGAAGUGAAGCAUGUUUAURAAGCAACCCAGCAAAGACUACCCUAUAAACAGAAGGACCAAUAAAGAUGGUAUAUAAAAUAAUAAAUCAAAGAAUCUUGUUCGAAGAAUUUCCAGAUUUAUCAACAAAUCUGUAGAUUAGAAUCAUAUUCAGACGUCGUGAUUGUCAUGAAACAAACAAACAAAAUGACCCGUAAAAAAUGAAGACUAAAACCAUUUUAUUAACCGCCAGAAAACUAAAGCUCGAAAAUUGUUGUUGUGGUGGAACUGUGUUUUCCAAACAYUUAGAAACAACGKUUUAUGGAAUCGUUCAGAAAGUACAUCAUCCGCUUUAGUCAAAUUUUAAUCUAAACCUUUUAAAGGAACAAAGGUACAGGGCAGGUGAACGUUUGUAUAGAAAUAUUUAUGAAUCAAUCUAUGAAGACUUAGGAAAAUGAGCAAUAAAGAAAAGACCUGUG